AUGUCGUCUGAUCCUGCCGGCCCGCUUGACCCGUCCUCCCUCUCUUCCCCUCCGUCGCCGCCCGACGGUAUGCCGCCGCCGCCAGUAUUCCGUAUCAUCAAGACGGCGGCAUCGUCCGUUGGUAACGGCAGCGGGAGUGCUGCAGCAGCUGAAGAGGCGUUUGGCCGCUCGGCCGUCCCACGGCUCGGCACACUAGUGCUUCCCGGCCGCACACCGGUCCCAACACCGAACUUUUUCCCCGUCACAUCACGCGGUGCCGUGCCGCACGUGACACCAGACAAUGCUGUCCGCACCGGCCUCGUCAACGGCGCAUAUUUUGCGCUGGAAGACUUCGUCGAGAAUAUUCCCCUGCAUCCCGGCCGCGCGCCUCCCAUCUACUCGACCCCAUCCACCUCAGCCUCGCCAUCUGCUCCCUCGUCUUCAUCUUCCUCCUCAUCCUCCUCCUCUUCUACGCCCCGACUGCACACAUUUACAGCCCUCCCUUCCUCGUCCAUAUCUGUCCUCGCGCCCCGUCGGCAUCCAGCUGCUGCCUCCCAUCUCGGCAACGGCCCCAGCCACAUCUCCAUUGUCACCUCGACCGGCUUCCAGAAGCUGACCCUCAACGCGUACCAUGCCGCCAUUGACAACCUGCGCCCCGACAUUGCCGUGCCCAUGGCGGACUUGACAUACGGCGGCGGCACCAUUACGCACACGGCAAACAACACGCCCGCAAAAUCAUCCGUCUCGGAUUAUGUGUCCGUGCCGCACCCGGCGGUGAAGCGUGGCUACCGCAUGGCCGAGCGCACCGAGGACUGGAUCGACCAGGUUGAACGGGACGGUGUGGCCGAGGCGACUGGGGUCGCGCUGUUUGCACCGACGCUGCCCGUUCCGUACGCUACGCAGUGGCAGUACCUCAACCGGCUGGCCGAGUUGGCAAGAGCAGGGGAGGCGGACGAAGCUGUUGCCAACGGUGGUGCCGGUCAAGCAAGACCCACCGUCGCUGGCCUGGCUGUGUAUGAUGUCGAUCUCCUGCCCGACCUGCACGCCGACUACGCCGACACCCUGGUGCCCCUGCCGCGCCUGUCGCUGCACCCGGCUGUGACGCCGCACCACAUCCUGCGCCAGGUCGGACUGGGCAUCGACAUCAUGCUGUUGCCGGCCGUCACAGACGCUUCCGAGCAAGGACUCUCCUACACCUUUUCCUGGGCGGCCACCGAUGUCGGGUCCGGCGAACAGCAAAAGGUGGUGAGCGACGAAAGCAGCGCCGCCCGGCUGCCCCUGGCCAUGGACCUAACGGACCCUGUGUUUAAGGCCGACACGCGGCCCCUGCGGCCCGGCUGCCCCUGUGGCGCCUGCACGGCGCACCACCGCGCGUACAUCCACCACCUGCUGGACGCCCGCGAGAUGCUUGCCUGGACGCUGCUGCAGGUGCACAACCACCACGUUAUGCGCGAGCUGUUUGCCGGCAUCCGUGCGACCCUGGCCGACGAAGGCGUAGCGGGCUUCCAGCGCCGGGCGCGGCAGUUUCAGACGCUGUAUGAGACGGACAUGCCGGUCGGACGGGCGACACGGCCUCGACUCCGGGGCUACCAGGUCAAGACGGAUGGCGUUGUGGAGGCCCCUUUGAACAAGCCUCAGUGGGGCCGUUUAGACGAGGUCCCACCCACACCGGCCGGUGAUACCAUGGCGGUGGACGCGUAA